AUGUCUAAAGUAAUCAAGCCUCCUAGCAAUGCUAGGACAGCUCAUUUUCGUACUUUGGAAAGGGAGAACAGAUUCAAGAAUCCACCAAAGGACAAGUCUGCCUACCCGCUCCUACAAGAAGCUGUGCAACCACAUGUUGGAUCAUUUAAUGCACUAACUGAAGGUCCAGAUGGUGGUUUGUUGCAGAGAGCCGUUGAGGAUAUUGGUGAGAAAGUUAUCUUUGAUGGUAAGUCCGAUGGGUCUGAUGAGAUCAGCGACUACUUAGGUAACAAGCUGUCUAUCAGUGUUGAACAAGUUUCCAUCGCCAAGCCAACAGCUAACGAUGGUGUUAUGGGUGCCGCAGAGAGACCAGUUUACCCAUCUGAAGCCAGACAACGUCUUACUUCCUACAGAGGUAAGAUUCUAUUGAAGCUUAAAUGGUCUGUCAAUGAUGGCGAGAAUGUGUUUUCUGAAGUUAGAGACUGUGGUGGUUUGCCAAUCAUGCUUCAAUCAAACAGAUGUCAUUUGAACAAGAUGUCCCCACAUGAGUUGGUUCAACACAAGGAAGAAUCAGAUGAAUUAGGUGGUUAUUUCAUUAUCAAUGGUAUCGAAAAGCUUAUUAGAAUGCUAAUCGUUCAACGUAGAAAUCACCCAAUGGCCAUCAUCAGACCUUCUUUUGCUAACAGAGGUGCUUCUUACUCCCAAUACGGUAUCCAAAUAAGAUCUGUUAGACCAGACCAAACUUCUCAAACUAACGUUUUGCAUUACUUGAAUGAUGGUCAAGUCACCUUCAGAUUUUCAUGGAGAAAGAACGAAUAUUUAAUUCCAGUGGUGAUGAUUAUGAAAGCAUUAGUGGACACCAGUGAUAGAGAGAUUUUCGAUGGUAUAAUCGGUUCGAACACCAACAACUCUUUCUUAACUGAUCGUUUGGAAUUGUUGCUUCGUGGUUUUAAGAAGAGAUAUCCACAAUUGAAGAACCGUACCCAAGUUUUGCAAUAUUUGGGAGAUAAAUUCAGACUGGUUUUCCAAGCUUCUCCAGAUAAGUCUGACUAUGAAGUCGGUCAAGAAGUUCUAAACCGUAUUGUUCUGGUACAUCUAGGCAGCAAUGGUAACAUGGAUAAAUUCAGAAUGUUGCUGUUCAUGGUGAGAAAACUUUACUCUCUUGUGGCUGGUGAAUGUUGUCCAGAUAAUCCAGAUGCUACUCAGCAUCAGGAAGUUUUAUUAGGUGGUUUCCUAUAUGGUAUGAUUUUAAAAGAAAAAAUUGAUGAGUAUUUACAAGGUAUUGUAGCACAGGUUAGAACUGACAUCAAUCGUGGUGUAGCGAUCAAUUUUAAUGAAAAAAAGUACAUGUCCAGAGUUUUAAUGAGAGUUAAUGAUAAUAUUGGUUCAAAAAUGCAAUACUUUUUGUCAACUGGUAACCUAGUCUCCCAAUCUGGUCUUGACUUGCAACAAGUCUCUGGUUAUACCGUUGUUGCCGAAAAAAUUAAUUUCUACCGUUUUAUUUCUCAUUUCAGAAUGGUUCACAGAGGUUCAUUCUUUGCUCAAUUGAAAACAACCACAGUUAGAAAACUGUUACCAGAGUCAUGGGGUUUCUUGUGUCCUGUCCACACACCUGAUGGUUCUCCAUGUGGUCUUUUGAACCAUUUUGCUCACAAGUGUCGUAUUUCUACCACACAAUCAGAUGUCUCUAAGGUACCCGAACUGUUGUACUCCUUGGGUGUUACUCCAGCUUCUCAUACAUUUGCAGCUGGUCCAUCCUUGUGUUGUGUUCAGUUGGAUGGUAAGAUCAUUGGUUGGACGUCGCAUGAACAAGGUAGGGUUAUUGCCGAUACUCUAAGAUUUUGGAAGGUCGAAGGAGAGACUCCAGGCUUGCCUAAAGAUUUGGAAAUUGGUUAUGUCCCACCUUCCAGUAAGGGUCAAUAUCCAGGUUUGUACAUAUUUGGAGGUCAUUCUAGAAUGAUGCGUCCAGUACGUUAUUUGCCAUUGGAUAAGGAAGAUAUUGUUGGGCCAUUUGAACAAGUUUAUAUGAACAUUGCUGUUACACCACAAGAAAUCCAAAACAACAUUCACACCCAUGUUGAGUUCAGUCCAACUAAUAUUCUAUCCAUCUUGGCCAACUUGACACCAUUUUCUGAUUUCAACCAGUCUCCAAGAAAUAUGUACCAAUGUCAAAUGGGUAAGCAAACUAUGGGUACUCCUGGUGUUGCACUAUGUCACCGUUCCGAUAACAAACUUUAUAGAUUACAAACUGGUCAAACUCCAAUUGUGAAGGCUAACUUGUACGAUGAUUAUGGUAUGGAUAACUUCCCAAAUGGUACUAACGCUGUGGUUGCGGUUAUUUCAUACACAGGUUACGAUAUGGAUGAUGCGAUGAUUAUCAACAAAUCUGCUGACGAGAGAGGUUUUGGUUACGGUACUAUGUAUAAAGUCGAGAAGGUUGAUCUAUCCCUCAACAGAAGUCGUGGUGACCCUGUUACACAACACUUCGGUUUUGGUACUGAUGAAUGGCCAAAGGAGUGGCUGGAUAAGUUAGACGAGGAUGGUUUGCCAUACAUUGGUACGUAUGUCGAAGAAGGUGACCCUAUCUGUGCGUACUUUGACGAUACCAUUGGUAAGACCAAGAUAAAGACGUACCACUCUUCGGAGCCAGCUUACAUUGAGGAAGUCAACUUGAUUGGUGACGAAUCCAACAAGUUCCAAGAGUUGCAAACUGUGUCUAUCAAGUACCGUAUUAGGAGAACACCACAGAUUGGUGACAAGUUUUCGUCUAGACACGGUCAAAAGGGUGUUUGUUCCCGUAAGUGGCCAACUAUUGACAUGCCUUUCAGCGAAACGGGUAUCCAGCCGGACGUCAUCAUCAACCCUCACGCUUUCCCAUCUCGUAUGACCAUUGGUAUGUUUGUCGAGUCUCUAGCUGGUAAGGCCGGUGCGUUGCAUGGUAUUGCUCAGGACUCCACGCCAUGGAUCUUCAACGAGCAGGACACCCCAGCUGACUACUUCGGUGAGCAACUGCUGAAGGCAGGUUACAACUACCACGGUAACGAGCCGAUGUACUCUGGUGCCACUGGUGAGGAGUUGCGGUGCGAUAUCUACAUAGGUGUGGUCUACUACCAGAGGCUGCGUCACAUGGUUAACGAUAAGUUCCAAGUGCGUUCCACUGGUCCGGUGAACAGCUUGACCAUGCAGCCCGUGAAGGGUAGGAAGAGACACGGUGGUAUCCGUGUCGGUGAGAUGGAGAGAGACGCGCUGAUCGGCCACGGUACCUCGUUCCUGCUGCAGGACCGUCUGCUGAACUCCUCAGACUACACACAGGCCGCUAUAUGUCGCGAGUGUGGCUCGAUACUGACCACGCAGCAGACCGUGCCCCGUAUCGGAGCGGUGUCGUCGGUGUGCUGCCGCCGUUGCGCAGUCAAGUUCGAAGACGCAAAGAAGACGCUGUUCGAGCACGAGGAGAAGACAGAGGAGAAGAUAUUCAUCGACGACUCGCAGAUAUGGGAGGACGGCCAGGGCCAGAAGUUCGUGGGCGGUAACGACACCACCACGGUGGCCAUCCCAUUUGUGCUGAAGUACCUCGACUCCGAGCUGAGCGCCAUGGGUAUCAGGCUGCGCUACAACGUCGACCCAAAGUAA